GCGCAGUUGUUUUUGAAUACCUUGAGGCAUUUCUAAUUCCAAAAAAGAUACAAUCUCCGUCACGGCUGCUCUAAGGGCGCAUGAGAUGCGUCCGCGGUUACUGCUGAGGGAUUUUUCCCCCCUCUCACUGGCUGACGUUGCGUGGAUGUGUGAAUGACUUUACCGCAUGUGCACGCACGGAAGAGGCGAUAGAUAUUAGAAGCAGAAGGAGGGUUCAGAUCUUAUUUCUGAACUUUAAUGCACCCACGGAUAUUCUGCUCCCAUUCUGAAUACGCGGUUGCGACGUUCUCUCCCCCUCUCUGCUGACAGAGAGACCACUUGUACCGCCGUCACAACUGUGCCAAGAGACAGGGAGUCUUUGAAAGGCACCGAAUCAGACCCGAGCAGCAUAUAAAUCAGCGUCCCGGAGUGCGUUUUGCUGCUGGCACCGGCGAGAAAAGGCAUUGUGGCGAAAGAACCGAGCUGAGGGAACAUGGGACUUUUUCCUGUUUGAAGAGCUGAGGACCUCAACAGUGAGACGAGAGCGGAUGUAAAAGCCCGUUAUUCCUCGGGCGCGCACCGGAGAGGAGGCGCAGCAUCCAUCCAUACGCACUUUGUGAUUAUUUUUAUUUAUUUUUUAAUCCUGCGCUGCUUAUGUGAGAAGGGGAACCUUUUUGGAUUAAGAGUCCAUUUUCCAGAACCAAACACCCCGUUUGUGAAACCAUGAACGUCGGGGUGUUUUUGCUUGUUUGUUCUGCGGCAUUUUUCACCGGGCUGCUCUGCGCCCCGCCAAGGACCACAGCGGGCAUGGAUGUCCCUGCCGCUGGAUUCGGCGGCAGCAGCGGGGAAACCGGCACCAAGAGAGAUUCGAACCAGACCAUACUGUCUAGAAACAAAAGGAGAACCCUGGCCGUGGAUUUCGCCGUACCCUCGCUGCUGCGAUAUUAUCUGGCGGAGUUCAUAAAGAGACCCCUGAACGGCGACUGUCAGAGUUUCAGCGGCUGCUACACGGUGCGCGCAAACUUAAAAAUGCACUGCAUUCCUCUGCAGAAAACCGUCGCUACUUUUGUGGAACCGAAAUCCACAGGAGAGCCGAGAAACAGGUCCGCUGAUGGACAGCUCCCCUUCUUCAACAAGCGGCCGCUGUCCAAAGUUCUGAAUCUGGGCUUAACUAAGGCAAACAGGAAAUCCAACCAAGUGGUGGUGGAAAUAGGAGAGGAUCUGGUCAAGAACGGAUGCGGGGGGCUGGCCGUGUACGAGGAGGACCCCGUGCUCCUGCUGGAGGUGGACCUCAGGGAGAUCCUAGAGUGGUGGCUUGGAGCGGACGGGGGCCGGCUUAGGGUUCGGCUCAUGCCCGAGAAAAAGGCGCAGGUGCCCGGGAUAGAGGAUCGAUACACAGCCGCCAUCCGAGCUGCAGAUCCCCGCCUGUACCUCCAGAUCUCUUCCCGGGGUGAAUCUCUAGACAGCAGGAAUGCUAUCGGGAUUCCCCGAGGGUACUGGAGCUUUUCCUGGGUAGCCGAGGAUGACCUGAGUUUUCCAAAUGACACCGCAACCAAGUCAGAUCAGCGGUGCCUUGGCGACAGCAGGACAUGCAGCCUCCAGCAAGGGGAUGUUCCAGAAUUUACUUGGAGCAUCGUGGCAGCAGGAGACCAGAGAGAAGAAAGAAAUGGGAAAAGUGAAAAGAAGACUGAGAGUCCUCAUGGUUGGGAGGAAGGUAAGAACGAAGGUCAGUUCUUCUGGGUUAACAGUUCAGCCUUUGGAGGCCCGUGGGUGCUGAGCCCCUGGCUGUGGGGGGGUGAAGGGCCAUGCAGUCUGGACAUGGCUGUGUUUUUCCACCCCAAACAAAGUGGACAGUACACAGUUUGGGUCAUAGAGCGAGACAAGCCACCUGUCGCCUUCUUCUCUACUGACACUCUGCCACACAUCACGGGCUGGGCAGUGGUCCAUCUCACCCUGGGGACCAACGGGGGUUCGCCUUUUCGCAUCUCAGCCAGCUACGAUCAGCGGAUCCCCCAUGAUGAUACUGCCACUGUCGAACCUCACUUCACCACCAACUGCACCAUGGCAUCCUCUCCAGGCCCAAAUAUCACCCUGGAGGGACUGUACCAUUGUUACCAGGGGCCGCCGAUCCCUAUGGACAAACUUUGCGACUUCAGCACAGACUGUCCGCUCGGAGACGACGAAGGCACUCUUUGCCGACACUUUCUCAAUGGUAGCUACUGCUCUUUUGAGGAGGGCGAUUGCAGCUGGCAGCCAGUUCCAGGCCGAAGCCUUUCCUGGAGACGAUCCCCAUCCAAAGGAACCAGACAGAGCUGCCCCUCAUCAGGGACAACAUUAACUUUAGAGGAAGGCCAAUCCAAAGCUCAGCGUGACUCAGCUCUACUGAAGAGUCCUCUCUUCCCUCCUCCUCUCAGAAACUCCCCAUGCACGGUGAGGUUCUGGUUCUGCUCCGGAGGCUCACAGAGGGACUCGUUAUCCUUGUGGAUCGUGGAGAACAGCACAGGCCUGGAUGAGCAGCGCAGGCUGUGGCACUCGGCCAGCGAGCCCAAAUCGGAAAGAGGCUGGAGGCUCAUCACACUUCCUCUUUACGGGCUGGCAGACUGGUUUUGGCUCCUGUUCAGUGCAGAAGAUAGACCUGGACCAGGUUCAGCCAUCUUUCUUGACAACAUCUCUUUUAGCAUGGACUGCUUCCUGGCAUCCAAUGGGGAGUUUCCACCAGUGGCCACCAGCAUAACCCAGCUCCCACUAAAACCUACCACCAAGACUUCACUGCCUUCCAUCAGAAGCCCUGCCGUGGACCCCACUACCGCAGAUUACACCAAGAAAUGGAUUUUUCACACCUGUGGGGCUGUGGGUCCUGAGGGCCCGACUCCCACUCAGUGCCUCAACUCCUACAGGAGCAGCAACAUCAACGUGACGGUUGGCACCCACGGUCCCUUCAAAGGCAUUCAGAUGUGGCGGGUCCCAGAAACAGGCACCUACAGGAUCACUGCCUAUGGGGCAGCUGGUGGAAGGAGUGUGAUGGCCAUGAGCAGGUCACAUGGUGUGUACAUCACAGGAGACUUUCUGCUCAGGAGGGGCGAGCUGCUUCAUAUCCUGGUGGGACAACAAGGAGAGGACGCCUGCCCCAAUUCCAAUAGCGUGCUGAACAAGAUCUGCAUGGAGCAGAGUGGCCCCAAGGUGGACAGAUCUCAAGUGAAAGGUGGUGGAGGAGGAGGCGGCGGGGCAACGUAUGUGUUCAAGGUGGACAAAAGAGUUUACAUCCCUCUCAUCAUCGCCGCUGGUGGAGGCGGCCGAGGCUACAGCAGCCAAUCAGAAAACCAGCUGGAGCAGAUGGACUAUGACCCCAGCCAACCGGGACGCAACGGGAGGUCUCACUCUUCAGGUGGAGGCGGAGGUUGGAAUGACAGCACUCCUGUCAGCCAGGGAGGCCGACCACUGGUGUUGGGAGGCCAGGGAGGGCAGGCCUGUCAUAAGUUCUGGCAGACCCGCGGUGGCUUUGGAGGUGGCGGGGGUGGAUGUAUGUCAGGAGGCGGCGGUGGAGGCUACAGAGGAGGGAACACCUCUCUAGAAGACAAGCCCAAAGCCGAUGGUGAUGACGGUACGUCGUUCCUCGGUCCAGAUGGAGAGCCGUUCCUUUAUCCUCUAAAAGCCAUGGAGGGAGACGGAGAAGUGAUCAUCAGCCCUGUUCAGAAUUGUAGCCACUGUGAAAGUGGCGAAUGCCAUGAGAGCAAAGACAGCAUCAUCUGUUACUGCGACGAAGAACUCGUCCUGGCCACAGACGGAGUGUCCUGUAUCAACGCUUCAGAGGCGUCCCUGCUGCCUCCACAGCCGUCUCUCUCCCACCUGGCCCUGGGUCUGUCUGUGGGCACCUCUGCACUCAUCGCCGCCCUGCUGCUGGUUGUUUCUGGAGUCAUGAUAAUGUACAGGCGUAAACACACGGAGCUGCAGUCCAUCCAACUGGAGCUGCAGAGUCCAGACUGCAAGCUCAGCAAGCUGCGGGCGUCCACCAUCAUGACCGACUACAACCCCAACUACUGCUUCGCCGGCAAGACGGCGACGGUCAGCGACCUAAAAGAAGUGCCGCGCCGCAACAUUUCCCUCACCAGGGGUCUCGGCCACGGUGCAUUUGGGGAGGUCUAUGAAGGGCUGGCUGUGGGGAUACCAGGUGAACCGAGUCCACUGCAGGUGGCUGUAAAGACGCUUCCUGAGGUUUGCUCUGAGCAAGAUGAGCUGGACUUCCUCAUGGAGGCUCUUAUCAUCAGUAAAUUCAACCACCAGAACAUUGUACGUUGCGUCGGAGUGAGUCUGCAGGCCAUGCCCCGUUUCAUCCUGCUGGAGCUAAUGACCGGAGGAGACCUCAAGUCUUUCCUGAGGGAGACUAGACCUCGGCUGGACCAGCCGUCCAGUUUGACCAUGGUAGAUCUUCUCAACGUGGCCAGAGACAUCGCUAAGGGCUGCCAGUAUCUGGAGGAGAACCAGUUUAUACACAGGGACAUUGCAGCUCGGAACUGCCUUUUGACCUGUAAAGGACCAGGCUGCGUGGCCAAGAUUGGAGACUUUGGGAUGGCUCGGGACAUUUACAGGGCGAGCUAUUACAGAAAGGGCGGGCGUGCCAUGUUGCCAGUGAAAUGGAUGCCACCUGAGGCCUUCAUGGAGGGCAUCUUCACAUCUAAAACAGAUACAUGGUCAUUUGGGGUGCUUCUGUGGGAGAUCUUCUCUCUGGGAUACAUGCCGUACCCGAGUCGCAGUAACCAGGAAGUGUUGGAGUUUGUUACCAACGGUGGGAGAAUGGACCCGCCUAAAAACUGUCCUGGGCCAGUGUACCGUAUUAUGACCCAGAGCUGGCAGCACCAGCCUGAAGAUAGACCGAACUUCUCUACCAUUCUGGAGAGGCUUGACUACUGCUUACAGGACCCAGAUGUGGUGACCGUGGCUCUGCCUGUCGAGUAUGGUCCGGUUCCUGAGGAGGAAGAACCAGUACCUGUGCACCCUGAGGCCCCGGCAGUUCUGCUGAAUGCGCAGGUGCCUGAUGGGGAGGCUUCGCAGCAGCCCCCAUCCUAUCCAACAGACGACAGGAGAGGAGGGGAGCAUGCGGUCCUAACCAGCACAGCACCAGAGGCCAAAGCACAGACGUCCACUCCGUCCCAGCCUUGCAUUCACCAGCCUCAAAUGCAGACCUCCGUGAUGACAACUAACGCAGUCACCUCUGCACCCCAGUCCACUCUCACUGCCAAGGGACCUCAUGCCACAGCCCAGCCAACCUCAGAGGGGGGGCACAUUAACCUGGCUUUUAGCCAGGGUCACCCACAGGAGAAGGAGGGCCACGGUGGGAAAAACACCAGUCUGUGGAAUCCCACGUAUGGUUCGUGGUUCCUGCAGCAGCAGAGGAAGCAGCAGCUGCAGAGGCAGGGAGGGGUGGGAGGACCAGGAGGCAGCACCGGCAGGGUGCCUGGCGAGGGGCAGGAGCACGUGGGCCGGACAGUGGCUGAAGUGGCAGGCUCACUGGGUCUCCAGCACCAGCACAAGCAGUUUCAGCAUCAGCUCCAGCAGCAACACCAAUUGCAGCUGCUUCACCAUCAGCAGCAGGGUUUCUGCAGGCCACUGUUACCUCCCCCACCCCCUCCUGCUGCCCAGUCACCUCUGCUCUUAGAUUCAACAGCCUUGCCCCCAGUUCCACUGUACCGGCUGAGAAGGUUCCCUUGUGGAAACAUUGGAUACGGCUACCAGGACCCGGGACUGCCACUGGACACCAACCCCCCUCUGCCCCAGCAAGGCACCUCUGUAACAUCCUCAGCAAUCCACCAGAGAGGGGCGCCAAUGCCCACUUCGAUGACCCUGGGCCGUGCAGGUCUGUCCGAGGACAGUCGGCCGCUGCUCGUUACCAUGGGAACAGUGCAGGACACAAGGCUGCCCAGGAUUGAGGGCCACAACGCCACCGUGCUUUAGCCCAGAGGCCUGAAUGUGUCCCUCAGCUUUGGUUCUUUUUUCCUUGUUGUGACAGAACCUCUCUAUGAAAGGGGCCUUCUACAGACAACCCCCCUGCAGACCUUAAGCACAUAAAAAAAGCUUUGAGAGGUGGACAAAGACGAAAAUACAGUAAAGGAAUUUUAAGUCAAAAAAUGUAUUUUUUCAUGGAGUGAGUAAACCGAGGAUGGAUCAUGUGAAGAGUUUGACUUCCUACAUGUUUAUGGCUAGAAGGACUUUAGAUAAAAUCUUUUUAUUUUACCAGACAGACAUGUUUCACACAAGUGUAGGUGACCCACUGCUGCCAGUCAUCUGCAGAACCAGGACCACUGUUCCUUGUCCACAGGGAGCACAACAUGCUGAAGAACUUAUCAGACUAUUUUUUCAAAAAUUAGACACUGCAUUACCAGACAAAUUUAUACUGAGGAAAAAACAGGAGGAUUUACAAAAAAUGUAGAUGUUUUGCUUGCCUGCUUGUUUAUUUAUGAAUUCAUUUAUUUAUUAUUUGGAAGUGGCAGUGUAAAUAAUUGAUGAACGCCUUUUCAAAUCCAACACUUUUUUUUUUUAGCUGAUUUGAUGUUUUUUUUAUCAGUACAGAGCAAAAGCAAUCCCAUAAAAAGGGACUCAGGUCACAAGAGAUCUGUUUGUUCUUUAAGAUGGAUUUAAAGGAUCAAGUUCCACUCCCAUUUCUUAAAGACAGUUUACUUUUACUCUGUUUAUUUCUUUUCCCUCUAUAUAUAGAACUCAUUGUUGUUGCUCAAUUGAUCUUUGAUUUCCAUCCCAAAUUUGUAUAUUUUAUCCCUUUUUCUAUCCCAGGAUGGUUGUUGUGGAAAACGAACGUGUGAAAACCUUUUUUUGCUCUCAUCGUUAGUAAGUACGUCCACCUUUCUCUGUCCUGAUUGGUCAUUAAUAUUGAGGUGAAUUUACUUUUUGAAGAUGCUUUUGCUUUGACGGUAUUUGGGAACUGGUCGGUCCAUGAGCUGUCACUAUGCUCUGUAUUUAAAGUUUCCUAUUGGCUAAUGAGUUAUUUUCCGGUGCUUGUGUUAAACCAUGUUAACUCUGUGUUCCUCUUUUCACGGCUCACCUGUCGUUUGAUGUAUAAAACCCAACUGCACAUGUAAAUGUUGUAGACUUAUAAAGUAUUGUCCUAUGGCUCUGGUAAAAGCUGUACAUUGCCCUUCAGAAAACAAUCGCCAAAAUGAAUAAAUUACUAUAUAACGAUUA